AUGUCUAAAUGGCAGCAGCCUUCCCCGAGUCACCCAACCACUCAUUAUGUGGACCGCGAAGGAAGUUUUGAAAACGUCAUCAAAACCUUGACCCGAGGAGUCAGAAAUAGUAAGCAUCGCAAUAUCUCCUAUAAUAAAGCCGUCGUACUUGGCCUACGAUGGAGCAAUGACGACCUAGACUUGGCCAAACCUCAAUCUGCACUUCUUGAGACAUUUCGGACACAAUUUGGAUUCGACACGGCUAGCUUGAUUAUUCCCUCAACCUCUAGGGAGGCUGCAUCGGAGGCAAUAUUUCGCACAAUUCUUGAACUCCGUCAGAAGUAUGGAAUGGACACUGAUAUUCACUGUCCCUAUCGGGGCGCGUUAUUUGUGAUACACUAUAUCGGCCAUGUGGAACACGCAGUCCUGAUGCAGUUAGAAUCCCGUGCCAUCCAUCUUAGGAUGAAGGCAGAUGUCCUCGUUCUCAUCGAUACAUCCUACUCCGGAGACUUUCUUCAGCCAUGUCACAGCUUGCAAAGAAUAUUGCAACGCAGUGAGAAUUACGCCGAGUACCUGUUCGCAACAGGCAACGAGAUUUCCGAUCAAAACGGUCCCACUUACGAUGUAAACAACAAUUUUACGACCCGUCUGACAGAACUUUUACACGUUGAGCCACCAGUAUUUCGUACUGUUGUCCGACUUCACGAAGCUCUCUGUACCCAAGCCAAUGACCCAAGUACUAAGCUGCGCUAUACUCCUCAAUACAUGGGCUGUCGCAAACCAAUAACCAUCCUCCAUUGUCUCAGUAAUCACGGGAUAAUAGAAAACCCGACACCACAGAGACAACUACCUAGGUGUCGCGUCCUUAUUUCCGUGUCUGUUAUUGGGAAAACAGUUCGCGGCCAGGUCGGAGAGUGGCAGAGGUCGCUAUCAGAAAUGGACCCCGAGGUGACCAUCGAAGGUGUUUUUGACCUUCAGGGGUGUUCUCUAUGUCUUCUAUCAAUGCCGUUGUCGUUGUGGGAUAGUUUAAUACACCCAGCGUACAAAUUCGUGAGCUACGUGGAUUCUCACAACGUCCUGGCAUCGGGUCACGGCGCUGAUGGCCUCUCAGUGACCACGCUACCAGAGAGACCGAAGGAUCAUGCGUAUGUUGACUAUGUAAUGCUCUCUGACACGGAUGAAUGA